AUGAGGAGCGCGCUUUUCUUCACACUCCUCGCAUUCCAUGCGUGGGUGGCUGUCAGUCUACCCGUUCAUUGGAACAGUGACGAGACGGUUUCAUCUCAUAUUUCGCUGAAAUACAUUACAUCACCUACUACGGUGGAGGAGAGGCCGCUGCACUUCUCGGACUGGCUCCGUGACGAGCGGAAAAAGUCACAUAUAUCGGUUCUCGAGGCUGGAGGAAAAGCAGCCUCUGCCCCUUCGACUUGGAUUGAGAGAACGCAAAGGACCAUGAAAGCCUGGUGGGCAUUUUAUCUGACACAAUAUCCUGUCAAGUCACAAUCGCAGUCAGCAAAGCAAUCAAAAUACUUUACGGCGGUUGAAAUGUCACGAGACAGGAAUGAGACAGAUUCUGAUUCCGACUCCUUACAGACGCAGCAACAGUUUGAGGCACCAGUCCCAGACGGUGUGACUGGAGUAUACAUGUUCAAUUUGUCCCACCUAGACCCGGCAGUUAUUUGCAACAAGUUCAGUCCGGAAAUUGUAGGACUAUGCAUUUUCCUGCUCGUUCCUGCAGCAGUGAUGGUCGUGGAAGUCGUGGAUAUGCUUCAUGACCGGUGGACCCCGGAGCAAUUCCCAGAACGUGGUCGGGGACGAGUACGGUUAACUGGGCCUGAGCGAUCAAUCACCGUAUUAUCCAACCACGAGCGCGAGAAAGCUGCUCAACAUCAAUCACGGAAAUGGUGGGGGCAUCGCAGGCGGUCUACUUGA